UCUCUCUCGACCACAAAUUGCUCAGUUUUCUUCGAGCUACCGAGCAGAAUUCGAGCAGUUCUAUAAUCUUCUGACAAGUUGUAGAAACAUCUAAGAAGGCCAAACGGAAACAUCAAUGAAGAUCUCUGCAGUUUUGCCGUCUGCUUUUGUGGCUCUUUGCAUUUUUGAAUGCUGUGUUUCAGCCGCACACUUCAAACCUGGGAAAGAUCCAAGAAAUGCUGAAUAUAACAGACAAUUUCUGCGUUUCCCGCGUAAGCCAGAGAAAGAUGAUCACGGGGAUGAAGAGGAUGGAGUGGUAGAAGACAUCGAGGAACAAUUUGACAAACCCAUAAAAGAUCUAAAAAAUUCAAGGGCAUUUACUAAGCAGUAUUUAAAACCUUCUCACAAAGAUCCGAGACAGGAAGAAUACAUCAGAGAACAUAAAGGUUUCCCGCGUAAGCCAGAGAAAGAUGAUCACGGGGAUGAAGAGGAUGGAGUGGUAGAAGACAUCGAGGAACAAUUUGACAAGCCCAUAAAAGAUCUAAAAAAUUCAAGGGAAUUUACUAAGCAGUAUUUAAAAACUUCUCACAAAGAUCCGAGAAAGGAAGAAUACAUCAGAGAACAUAAAGAUUUCCCGCGGAAGCCUGAGAAAGAUGACCACGGAGAAGAGGAUGGAGUACUAGAAGACAUCGAAGAACCAUUUUACAUAUCCAUGGAACAUUUAGCAAAUUCAGGGGAAUUUCCUAAGCAGAAUUUCCAAAUUUCAAACAAAUGUAAGCGGAGCAUUGAGCGAGACAUUUCAUAG